AGUACACUACCUCGUCCGCUUCACUGAAAACACGACAAGAAACCUCAUAACUGCCGAAACCUGAAAGACAAGAAAGACGACGAAAUCCAUUAACUUCUUAUCUUCAGUGACGACCACUCCCUCACUGCCUCGCUCUUAUACCUCCAAUUGUCCCCUGAAACUUCCAUUUCCAACAGAUAACCCCUCCCACACCAAUCACCCACUGCCCCCAAACAGUCUUUAUCCUCUCUUUCUCCUCCCCACCUCGAAAAAAGCAAACCAAUCUCUCUUUUAUUAAAUAUAUAUUCUUCUUCCUUUUUAUAGUUUUUGUUGUCGUUGUUGUUGCUUUAUUUUUCUUUCUCUUUGCUUUGUUUUGUGUUUUUGGAAUAGUUGAGAGAGAUGGAUCAUGCAGCAGAUGCUCAUAGGACUGAUUUGAUGACAAUAACACGUUUCGUGUUGAACGAGCAAUCUAAGUAUCCUGAGUCUCGUGGAGAUUUCACCAUCCUGCUUAAUCACAUCGUUCUUGGUUGCAAGUUUGUUUGCUCUGCUGUUAACAAGGCUGGUCUCGCCAAACUCAUUGGACUUGCUGGGGAGACUAAUGUUCAGGGUGAGGAGCAAAAGAAACUGGAUGUGCUUUCGAAUGAAGUGUUUAUCAAGGCUUUAGUAAGCAGUGGCCGAACAUGCAUCCUUGUCUCUGAAGAAGAUGAAGAGGCAACGUUUGUGGAGCCCUCAAAGCGUGGAAGGUACUGUGUUGUUUUUGAUCCACUGGAUGGUUCCUCCAACAUCGAUUGUGCAGUUUCUAUUGGAACCAUUUUUGGGAUUUACACGGUCAAAGAUUACCAUGAACCAACUUUAGCUGAUGUGCUGCAACCUGGGAAGCAUAUGUUGGCAGCUGGCUAUUGCAUGUAUGGAAGCUCUUGCACGCUUGUAUUGAGCACAGGAGGAGGAGUUAAUGGAUUCACCCUUGAUCCAUCUCUUGGAGAGUUCAUACUAACUCACCCAGACAUCAAGAUUCCAAAGAAAGGGAAGAUCUAUUCAGUUAAUGAAGGAAAUGCUAAGAACUGGGAUGGUCCAACGACCAAGUAUGUGGAAAAAUGCAAGUUCCCUAAGGAUGGUUCCUCUUCAAAGUCUCUGAGAUAUAUCGGAAGCAUGGUAGCUGAUGUCCAUCGCACACUACUCUAUGGGGGUAUCUUUUUGUACCCUGCAGAUAAGAAGAGCCCCAAUGGGAAGCUACGUGUUCUCUAUGAGGUCUUUCCAAUGUCGUUCUUGAUGGAACAAGCUGGAGGUCAGGCAUUCACUGGCAAGCAACGGGCACUUGACUUGGUUCCAACAAAGAUUCAUGAGCGGUCUCCGAUAUUUCUUGGCAGCUAUGAUGAUGUUGAAGAAAUUAAAGCACUCUAUGCUGCUGAAGGGAAGGAGUAAAUGUACAAUUCUCAUUCCUCUCACUCUACUUACAUAACCUUGCUGGAUUCAGUUUUUAAUAAUCUAUUCAUGAGAUAUAAUCCAUUUGUAAUGGGAUACUACAGUUUAUACAUGGAUAUAUUCUGAACAACAGUUAAAGUUGAAUGAUAUUCCUUGUUGCAUAAGCAUUUGCCUCC